AGUCUGAUGUCGCUAAUGUCAUUCUAAAGGAAAAUUCCACUGAAGUACCGUCUGGUGCAGUGAACGAUCCCAGUGAAGAAAGAAAAGCAGAACUGAAUCCGUCCUACAAAGGCAAACACCAGGAAACUGAAGAAUAUCAACAGAGCUCAACGGAAGACUAUAAAACACAUCGUUAAAGACAUUGUAAAAGGCAUACAUUAAACCAGAAGAAACAAGAAAUAAGAUGUUUAAAAACAUUUUCUCAGUAAAGAAAAGAAAAGUGAAAGAAUUGCAAAAAGUUAAAUAUGAACUACCCAGUCAAAGAUCUGCAGAAGCAGGAGAAGGAAAUCGCUCACAUGGUAAAGACAUGGAGGAUCCUGUAGGAGGAGACUGCUCCUCCGUUUCCAGAAGGCCAUCUCAAAUCCUACCAGACAACUCUCCUGUCUUGGGAUCACGUCUCUUCCCAUACAGAAUAUGGUCCUCUUCUAGGCUGUCUCCACGCAUUAAAUUAAAUAGUCAUCACUGCAAUAUCGGUGACGAUGAAGUUAUGGAGAAAGAAACUGUUAUAUGGCAAUCAAAACCAUUAGCAGCAAGCUCACCUGACAUGAGGUUAAAGGAGUUUACCCCUGACAUCAGUGCUGAUGGGUCUGAUGAUGAAACCUACCUGUUCCAGUGCUCCUGUGCAGGUCUGUACCAGUGCAGUGUGACCGGCCUGGUGUUUGACAUGAAGGCAGAAGGAGACGUGGUUUACAGGACUGUCCCUUGGAACAUGAGGCUACUGACCCGACACCACAAGAAGCCUGCAGGACCCCUGUUUGACAUCAAAUGUCAGCAGCAGUCUGUGUGUCAGCUUCAUCUUCCACACUGUGAGAUCAUCUCCACAGGUGGAGAGAUGACACUUCUCUCCCUGGCCCAGUCAAAGCUUUGA